ACAUUUAAUAUAUAAACAGGGAAUAUCAGAAGUAUCUGCAUCAGUUUUGUGCCAGACGUAGUCACAACAACAAUACAGCAAAAUGUUCGUGAAGUUCGUCGCACUCCUCGCUUUGAUGGCGGUCGCCAACGCCAGCGACCUGUCCAGCUUCGCCUACAGCGUGGCAGACCCCUACACCGGUGACUUCAAACACCAGAUCGAGAACCGCGUGGACAACAACGUUGCUGGCCAGUACUCUCUGCUGGAGUCUGACGGCACCCGCCGCACUGUGGACUACGCCGCUGGUGCUAAUGGCUUCAACGCUGUCGUACGCAAGGACCCCGCUCUCAUCGCCGCCGCUCCCGCCAUCUCCUACGCCGCUCCCGCCAUCUCUUACGCCGCUCCUGCUAUCGCUGCUCCUAUCUCUUACGCAUCUCCUUACGGUUUUGCCAAGUUCGGAGCUAUCAGCUACGGAUCCCACUACCCCUACAGCCGCUACUUGUACUAAAUUACCACCUGACUUCGUUUGUAAAUAAAAUGUUUAUAGAUUUGUGACCGA